GUGUGAGCCUCAGAGAUGCUGUCCCUGCCCCAUCCCUCCGUGCUCCACGGUGCUGUGAGUGCUCCUUGUCUCUGCUGCAGGAAGGGGAAGGACCAGUUUGACAACUUAGAAAAACACACGCAGUGGGGUAUUGAUGUUCUGGAAAAGUACAUCAAGUUUGUAAAGGAAAGAACAGAGAUUGAACUCAGCUAUGCAAAGCAGCUUAGGAAUCUUUCAAAGAAAUACCAACCCAAGAAGAACUCCAAAGAGGAGGAAGAAUACAGGUACACAUCAACUAGAGCCUUCCUAGCCACUUUAAAUGAAAUGAAUGACUAUGCUGGACAGCACGAGGUCAUCUCAGAGAACAUGACCUCCCUGAUCACUGCAGAGCUGACCCGCUACGUGCAGGAGCUGAAACAGGAGAGGAAAUCGCACUUCCAUGAUGGCAGAAAGGCACAACAACACAUUGAAACUUGCUGGAAACAACUUGAAGCAAGUAAAAGGCGGUUUGAACGGGAUUGCAAAGAGGCUGACCGAGCCCAGCAGUAUUUUGAGAAAAUGGAUGCUGACAUCAACGUGACAAAAGCAGAUGUUGAAAAGGCAAGACAGCAAGCCCAGCUAAGACAUCAAAUGGCAGAAGACAGCAAAGCUGAAUAUUCUUCCACCCUACAGAAGUUCAACAGUGAGCAGCAUGAACAUUACUACACACACAUACCAAACAUCUUCCAGAAAAUACAGGAGAUGGAGGAAAGAAGAAUCGUGAGGAUAGGAGAAUCCAUGAAAACCUUUGCAGAAGUCGACCGCCAAGUGAUCCCCAUCAUUGGGAAGUGUCUGGAUGAGAUAACAAAGGCUGCAGAAUCCGUGGAUCACAAGAAUGAUUCCCAGAUGGUAAUAGAAGCCUUUAAAUCAGGGUUCGAGCCCCCAGGAGACGUCGACUUUGAGGAUUUCACGCAGCCCAUGAAGAGGACAGUGUCUGAAUCCAGCCUUUCCAACUCCAGAGGGGAUGGGAAGUCAGAGCCCAAGUUCGGUAGCAAAUCCAAGGGCAAGUUAUGGCCAUUCAUCAAGAAAAAUAAGUCUCCCAAGCAGCAAAAGGAACCCCUCUCCCAUCGCUUCAACGAGUUCAUGACCUCCAAACCCAAAAUCCACUGCUUCAGGAGCCUAAAGCGCGGGCUUUCUCUCAAGCUGGGAGCAGGCCCAGAAGACUUCAGCAAUCUCCCACCUGAGCAAAGAAGGAAGAAGCUUCAGCAAAAGGUCGAUGAACUAAACAGGGACAUUCAGAAAGAGAUGGAUUCAAGAGAUGCCUUAACAAAGAUGAAAGACGUGUACAUCAAGAACCCCCAGAUGGGAGAUGCAGCCAGCGUGGACCACAGAUUGGCAGAGCUUGGGCAGAACAUUGAAAAGCUGCGAUUAGAAGUUCAGAAAUUCGAGGGCUGGCUGGCGGAGGUGGAGGGGCGGCUGCCGGCUCGGAGCGAGCAGCCCCGGCGCCAGAGCGGGGUCUACGAGGCACAGAACCCCUCGGGAGUGAACAGCUGUGCCCAGGACCGGGAGAGCCCCGAUGGCAGUUACACAGAAGAGCAAAGCCAGGAGACUGAGAUGAAAGUACCUGCAACAGACUUUGACGAUGAGUUUGAUGAUGAAGAACCACUACCCACCAUAGGAACGUGUAAAGCUCUCUAUACAUUUGAAGGUCAGAAUGAAGGAACAAUCUCUGUAGCAGAAGGAGAGAUGCUCUAUGUGAUAGAAGAGGACAAAGGGGACGGCUGGACGCGGAUCCGAAGGAACGAAGAUGAGGAGGGCUAUGUCCCCACCUCCUAUGUUGAAGUCUAUUUGGACAAAAAUGCCAAAGGUGCUAUGACCUAUAUUUAAUGCUAUUAUUAUUGUUUUAUUUGCUUUCACAGAGAUAAUCCAAGCCUGAAGCUGCUCUGUGUUGCAGAUAGAGCCUUUUAAGAGUCUGUACAAUGCCACCAAGUGCAUUAUUCCGUACGUGGACUAAUUAUGGCUUGUUGUACUGCAAAAAUGUGCUUUUCUUGCUCAGAGAAGGGUAGUGUGGGGGAGUCCUGAAAGCAGAGGGGAAAUGCAGCUUUGCCUGGACAGUGUUUGCUCUACUGUCACUGCCAUUGCACGCCCAGCUUAGUGCAGGAAGCACAAAGCCCUUUGGAUUGUUCAGGCUCUCCUCAGAUACCCAGGUGGCACCUCAGACACAUCCACAGGUGAACUGUUCGUCCCAAAGUCACUCGGUGGAACUUUAUGGAGGGAAUAUUUAGACUGCUGGUUUGUGUCUGUGUGGGAGCCUUUCAGAGCCUGUUGUGUUCUGGGGACCUUUUUGGAUUGAAAACUGGUGGUAAUUUAGUUUAAUGUGUGGAAGGGGAAGGAGAGAUCUUACCAAAACCCCUCUACACAGCACUCUGUGGUCCUUGAUAAAUGGGUAAAACAUUGAGAAAGCUCCUCUGUUCUUUCCCACCUUGCUACAUUUCAGAUGUGUUUGCUGUUGCAGAUGACCAGAACUAAUGGUUUAAUUUUUGCUUACAUGAGAUCAAUGGAGACAUUCAGAGUUUGGGCUCCAUAAGCUGCUGUUUGUUGCUUUUAAUUCCUCCCAAAUGUUUUGUGUAAGGAAGCAGUGCUGCAGGGCAGACCUGGCUGGAGUAAAUGCCAGUGCUAAACACCUGGUAAUGGGAUACACUGAGAAAUCAAAAGAUUUUAGCCCUGUUUCAAAUCAGGAUGUGAGGAUUCCACUGUGUUAAAUAAUUUGUGUUUAUUCAGUCAUUUAAUCCUUCAGAUUAUUGUGUUUCCUAGACUUGAGAGUUCUUGGUGUGAAACAAGCAGCCUCAUCCAAGUCAAAUGCAAACUGAACCAUUUUCUUGGGGGUUUAUGGGCAGCAGGAAGAGAGGACUGCAACUGUACCUGUAAACCAGCAUUGAAACUCGAGCAGUUCAGUGCUGGGUUGGGUGUUAAUCAGUGCAGUGCCUUGCCUGCUGCAGGUGAAAAUCUGGGCCUUGUUUUAUUUUGCCAUAAUACAGCAGUUUUAUGUUCCUGAUGGCAAAUACAUAGUCAGUUGAGAUGCAGAAGGGUGCAAAAAGUUUAGCCCCCUCUGUUGGCUUUUAUUAACCUUUGAAAGAUGGAUCAUCCAUUCCCCUUUAUAUCCAGAACAAGGCUGAAGGAUUGGAAAUAUGGAGUCACAGACUGGUUUGGGUUGGAAGGGACCCUCUCAUUGCAACCUCUCCCAUGGCAGGGACACCUUCCAUCAGAGUGAAAACAAACUGUGCCAGGGGUGAAGGCUGACACAGCUGCAGCCAUGUCUGUAGCCACAAUGGAGGAUUCUCAGAUCAUUAAAAGUUUUUCCAUCAAUUUUGCUGGAUUUCAGGAACAAAUCAAAUGGAUCUGUGAAUAUCCAAUGUAUAGGAACAACAUUUACCUCUUUUAUUUCUCAAGUCUCUGGUUUAAAAGAAAAGCUAAAAGAGAAUGCUUCAUAGAAUGCAGCAUAAAGAUUUGGAGGAAUUGCUGCUGUGUUUAAAAGGUGAACUUUGUUGCAAGCAGCAAAUUCAUUUUUAAGGUAUUGGUAGAAGUGACUUGAUUCAGUCCUUGAAAUGGAAGCGAUGACAUUCCUGAAGAUAACAUUGUAAAUACUAAAGCAAACUUCACAAACUUUAGUAAUCCUUUCCUCUUUUUGGAAAGAAGAUUGGGCAGCUGGCACUACCAAAGGCUGGUGGCAGCAGGGUGGGAGCUCAGCAGCCCCUGUGACUGUGCCAGCCCUGGCUCAGCCUCACCUGCCUGGCCAGGCUGUGUGUGUGCCACGAGCCAGGGGCAGCUCAGUGCCCCAGCUCAGGGCUCUGUGAGAAGCUGCUUUUCACUCAGCUGCAGCCUGUGUUGUCAGGGCUCUGCUGCAGAGCUGAGCUGAGCAGGACAGGUAAGUUGUGUGCUCAGGUGGUCUUAGAGGAGCCAAGCUGGCUCUGUGCCCUGCCAGUCCCUGUGAGAGCUCCUGAUGACUUUUACAGGGGUGCCUCUGGUCAGGGCAAGCCCUGUCACAAAAAGAACAGUAAUGCCUAUCUUGUUUUGCCUUUUUUUUUUUU